GAAGUAUUUUGAAAAUAUUUGCAUAAAUAAAUAAAUUGAAUGAAAAAGAUAUCAAUAUUUUUAAGUUUUUUAUAAGAAGAUUCCAGAUAUAUAUAUACACAUAUAUUUAAUAAAGGGAUGGACAAGUCUAAUAAUUUGAGCAAAUGUACUUAACAUAACUCACAUGUUUUAAAUAUGCUUUAGCUAUUAAGUAAAUGUGAAAGCGCUGAAAUUUGUUUGAUGUACGUUAAUUAAUUCAAAAUUGAAGAAUCUGAAUUGAUCUCAAUUGAAGAAAUAAUCAAUUCUUCUACUCAAACCAUAUUCAAAAACUUCCUUCUUAUGAAAGAUUAAGUCAUGUAGGAAAAGCUAAUAAAGUUUCAGAAGAAAUUAUGGUUUUUGAAAGCGUUCAAGAAAAUAUAUAUUACAGCAAAUUGAUUAAUCUGCUC